GCCAAGUAAACGGAGUCCGGACAUCUAGCCAGCAAUACACAACACUUCUGGACAGAAGGAUGGCUUCGGGUGGAACACAACUAAAAGUUGGAGACCUAAUUGAAAUUUUUCGCUUUGGCUAUGAGCACUGGGCCAUCUAUGUGGGAAAGGGCUAUGUGGUCCAUCUAGCUCCACCAAGUGAAGUGGCAGGGGCUGGGUUGAGCAGCAGCAUGUCCAGUCGUGCUGACAGAGCCAUAGUGAAGAAGGAGCUGCUGUCCGUGGUGGCCGGAGGAGACAAGUACCGGGUCAAUAACAAGCACGAUGACAAGUAUGAGCCACUGCCACCCAACAAAAUCAUCCAACGGGCUGAGAAAAUGGUGGGGAAGGAAAUCCCCUAUUCAGUGACCCACGACAACUGUGAGCACUUUGUGAACGCGCUGCGCUAUGGAGUUUCCCGCAGUGACCAGGUGACCGAGGCUCUCACUGCAGCCGGUGUUGCAGCAACUGUCUUCGGUGUUGCAGCAACUCUCUUUGGUGUUGCAGGACUCGUUGGGAUGGUGCUGGCCAGAAGCAAUCGGGAAAAGCAGUAAAUCCAGGCUUUAGCUUGAGGAAUUGAGGAAGCCGGUGAAAGUAGUUUGGUUUAGAUAGUUACCUCCUCUGUAAUCACAGCACUUGGUUUAGUGGAACUGAAUCAAAGCCGAG